ACCACCGUAUGUGGAAAUGUCCUAUCACUUACAUAAUCUAUCAUGAACUCUACAACAACAAAGCGAUAAUCUCUUCUAUAAAAAGCCUCUUCGCUCAAGAACUGGUAUUCAAAAUGAAAACCAUCAUCUGCUUUGUCUUCGUCUUAGCCGGAGCCUGGGCUUUGACCAAAGAACAAAUUGACAAAUUGGAACCAAUAAGCAAAGAAUGCCGAGAACUGAACGGGAUCUCCGAAGACACGAUCCUCAAAGUCAGAAGAGGCGAAGCAGUUAACGAACCCAAACUGAAAAACCACGUCUUGUGUGUUUCCAAGAAAACCGGCCUUGCUUCCGAAACUGGUGAGACCAAUGUCGAGGUUUUGCGAACGAAACUCCGCAAAGUGAGUGAGAACGACGACGAAGUGAACAGCAUCAUCCAGAAAUGUGUCGUGAAGAAGAGCACUCCCGAAGAAACGGCUUUCGAAAUAUUCGUUUGCUUGAGGAAGGUCAAACCGAAUUUUUCACCAGCCAAUUAACCACAUAAUUACUCCAACUAAUAAAUUUUUAUCGCGUUAUAAAUGUGUUUAUUUAACCGAUUGUUUCUAAUACCAAUAAAUGUAUCCCUCUUUACAA